AUGACGCUCAUCUACGGCUGCCUGCUCUACAUCGCUGUCUCCGAGCUGGCGGCCUGCUUCCGGCUCUGGCGUAGCGCCACCGCCGCCGAGUGGAUCCUGGACAGCGUGCCGGACGUCCCGUACCUCCCGCUGCCUGACCAACAAGCAGCUUCGUCGUGCGUGAUAUGCAUCGCGGAGUACGGGAGCGGCGAGGGGCGGUUCGUCAUGCCGGGCUGCGGCGACGCGUUCCACAGAGGGUGCAUCGCCGAGUGGCUCCGCCAGGGCAAGACCACUUGCCCUAUGUGCAGGGCCACCGCCAUUGUCGUCGUGCCGCCGGCGGGAGAAGAGAAGGUCGUUGCUGCUGCUGUUAGCACGGCUGAGGACAUGGUGGAGUACGGCAUUAUUGUUUCUGACACUUUCGGCAUUGGACAGCUAGGGAAGCAAAAUCUGAUCUGA